GCACACCGUGCAAUAAAGUUGAUGAAACAAGUGAUGAUGGGACAGAUAAGCUAACAAAACUUCACAAGAAAACAAAUCCCCUCACCAAGGAACAGAUUCCUCUGGAAAAGUGACAUUAUUUCGGGCUUGAAGCGGAUUGUAAACACUGAAGACAGUGUGAACCCAAAGUGAAGGUUCAAGAUCCCCCUCCCCCAAAAAAAGGAUUUUACUCCUCUUGAGCCUAAAGCUGAGGGGGAGGCAAAGCCGUGGCGUCUGCGGGAAUGAAGUACAGCUACCAGUACCCGGUGUCACAGUACACACGCUCCAACACACACUACACUUCCACUCAUUACACACCGUCACACUACUCCAGCAGCUCAUACUCACCUGGCUACUACAGUCCUACAAAGUACAGCCCUACUACACUCCACACACCAUCAUACUACACUCCACCGGCUUACACACCUGCGUACAAGCCCACCUCCACUUACACCCCCAUCUAUAGCAAGCCGUCCCGGCAGAGCAGCUUGCCCCGGACAAGCGUACAGCACACUCCUACUGUAGUCCUCAAACCUGCCCGGGCUGUGCACUUCACAAAUGAUGUCGUAUUCCAGGAUUUAGUCCGACACAGUGAGCUGGAACAGAUCGGUCGGUUUAUGAGGGCGAGGAAAGUGCGUCUGGACACCAUCUUCCAUUCUGGAAUGGCAGCACUCCAUGAAGCCGUGCUCUCAGGAAACCUGGAGUGUGUGAAGCUUCUGAUAAAAUACGGAGCUGACGUUCAUCAGAGGGAUGAGAACGGCUGGACACCACUUCAUAUGGCGUGCAGCGACGGUUAUCCUGAGAUUGCACGAUACCUUCUCUCUCUGGGUGCCAGCGUGGAAGCAGAGAACGAAAACGGAGAGAAACCAGCGGACCUCAUCGACCCAGACUGCAAAGAACUGCUCAAGCUCUUCGAGACAGGCUGUGUCUGAGUACUGACCCGCAGAAGAACUUG